AUCAUCAAUCAUCAAUAAUAAACACUCUUCUCUUGGCCUCCCACGAGGUACUCGAGACAUUGUUUUGGUCUUUUGGAUUCCAUUAUUUACAAAAGUCCAAACCACAAAACAAACACUGCCACACAUCAACUCAUAUCCACUCUUUAACCCAUCCCUUAUCAUGGCUUACUUUUUUCCUCCAUCAUAAUCAUUCCAUUUUAUGCAACUAGCUCUAAAAUUCUUUAUUUUGAAUAGUUCCAAAGUUUUAUUUUGUUAGGUGACAUAUUAAUACUUUGGCUAUCUAUUUCAAAAUCUUGAAUUUAUCACACACCCACAUAUACCAAAAAAACACUAUUUUUGCUUUGUGAGUCAAAGAAAACCGCACACUAUACACACAAAAAACACAAACAUUAUCACCCUCAAAUCUCAUUAGCUUCAUUUUCUUACCCUUUACACACAACUCCCAAAAACAACCCUUCACAAGUUUUUCAAGAAAGAUGGCGAAUUGGUUGAACCGGGUCGGGUUACGAAGAGACCAAGACUUCGAAAACAACAGCGGUAUCGUUACUCCAACGUUGAGUAACAACAGCAACAGCAACACCGUUAACAUUAACGGUAACGUUAACGGAGAAGGUGAAAACAGCACCGGCCGUGUCAGCAGUGGACAGAACACCGGAAGUGGCGGACGCCGUCCACGUGGACGUCCGCCUGGUUCAAGGAACAAGGCAAAACCGCCGGUGGUGAUAACCAGAGAAACUCCAAACGCGCUGCGCAGCCAUAUCUUGGAAAUCGCCGACGGAAACGACAUCGUUGCGUGUAUUUCCAACUUUGCUAAUGUCCGCCACCGUGGAGUUUCGAUUCAUUGCGGUUCCGGCGCUGUUAGCAAUGUCACUCUCCGGCAACGGUCUGAUCCUACCGGAAAUAUGCUUGUUCUUGCUGGGAGAUAUGAGCUUGUUUCACUCAGCGGUGCUUUUUUGCCUCCGCCGUCGCCUCCGUCGGCUACCGGACUGUCGGUUUAUAUCACCGGAGCUCACGGACAGCUGAUCGGAGGAAUUGUCGUCGGGGGUUUGGUUGCUUGUGGACCUGUCAUGAUCGUUGCUUCUACUUUUGCUAAUGCUACUUAUGAAAGAUUACCAUUAGCUAUAGAAGAGGAACAAGAAGCAAAUAUGCAAGAGAUUAAUAACAUUAAUCAUGUUAUUAAUAAUAACAUUGGUAUUAAUGGUAUUAUUAAUAAUCACAACAAUGAUGGUGGUUCUGGUUCUGGUUCUGGUGCUUCUGGCUCAGCAAGUGGUAGUGGUGGCGGCGGCGGCGCAACUUCUCAUGGAUUAGCUGAAUACAAUUUGAAUCCAAAUUUGCUGCACAAUGGUGUUGGACAUCCUAGGGCACAUGAUGUGUUCUGGCGUCCACCUCCAGGGUUCUGAGAUUACGUGCUUGUUUGGUAUUACGGUGAGUUUGAACAAAAUUACAUCGACACAUUGGUUGAUUUCACUGUAAUUUUAUCAAAUUUACCAUGUUAUCAAACAGGCACGAUGCACAUUAUUACAUUAUGCUAUUUGCUUGUGAACUUUAUGUGAUCAAGUUGAUUGUAUUUUGUUGUAAUGUGUCCUGGCUAGCUAGUAAGCUAGGUUAGGUUUGUUUUGUUUUGUUUUGUUUCUUUAGUCUUUUCCUUAUUCCCAUAUUUUGUUUGUAAACUUUGUGGUUAUGCCACAAUGUUUAUUUGGGACCGAUAAUAAUACAUAUGGUUUUUGUACCAUAAAAUGGUUUUUGUACCUCUCAAAAUAAUACUACAAAUGAAUGGAUUUCAUUUUUGGAA